UUGCCACCAAUCAAAGGCUUUGAACAUUUUCCUAACUAAAAAAAUAACUCAAAACCUUAUCUAACUCUCCAAAAUGACUAUCAUCACAAUUUCCCUCCCUUCCACAAACCCCUCCAUCUUCUUCCCUUCGUAUCCAAAACCAUUCAAAUUCAAUCCCAAAUGCUCCUCCCAGCUUACCCCCACCCCUCCUCACUCCCCAAAACCGGCGUCAUUAUAAUCGGCGCCGGCCUCGCCGGCUUAGCUGCUGCAACCCACCUCAACUCCCAGAACAUCCCUUUCGUCCUCCUCGAAUCAUCCAACGCCGUCGGUGGCCGCGUCCGUACCGACAUUGUUGACGGCUUCCUCCUUGACCGUGGCUUCCAAAUCUUUAUCACAGCUUAUCCAGAAGCUCAAAAACUCCUCAAUUACCAAUCCUUAAACCUCCAAAAAUUCUACUCCGGUGCUAAAAUCUUCUACAACGGCCAAUUCCACACCGUCGCUGAUCCACUUCGCCAUUUCUUCGAUUCGGCAAAAUCCCUAACCAAUCCCAUCGGUUCUGUCUUCGACAAAUUACUCAUCGGAACCACCAGAAUCGGUGUCCUUACAAAAUCCGAUGAACAAAUUCUCACCGCAGAAGAAAUUCCCACAAUCGACUUACUGAAGAAGCUAGGAUUUUCAGAUUCGAUCAUCGGAAGAUUCUUCCGACCGUUUUUCGGGGGAAUCUUCUUCGAUCCAGAACUCGAAACAACUUCUAGAUUAUUCGAUUUCAUCUUCAAGUGUCUCGCUCUUGGAGAAAAUACUCUUCCGGCGAAAGGGAUAUCAGCGAUUCCGGAACAAUUAGCGGCGAGGUUACCGUCAGAUUCAAUCUUGCUGAACACGAAAGCAGUUUCCGUUGAUUUUGACGACUCCAAUCCGCCGCGUGUGAGGUUGCAAAACGGUGACGUUUUGAGUGGCGAGUUAGGAGUGAUCGUGGCAGUUGAAGAACCUGCUUUGGUUAAAUUAUUACCGGGAAAGAAAAACCCGGUUUUUAAAAAACCGGUUCGGAGUACGGUUUGUUUAUAUUUUACCGCGAACCCUGAUGAAAUCCCGGUCCGUGAUCCAGUUCUGUUUUUAAACGGUUCUGGUCAAGGAAUAGUUAAUAACAUGUUUUUUGUGACAAAUGUAGCACCAUCAUAUGCACCACCAAACAAAGCAUUGAUUUCAGUAUCAUUGAUUGGGUUAUUUGAGGAUGUGUCUGAAGAUGAGCUAGUGCUUAAGGUGAUUCAAGAACUUUCGGGUUGGUUUGGGGAUAAAAUGGUAAAAGAAUGGAAGCAUUUGAGGACUUAUAGGAUUGAGUAUGCACAACCUAAUCAGUGUCCACCUACGAAUUUGAAGAAAAACCCAACAAUUGAACAGGGUUUGUAUUUGUGCGGUGAUUAUUUGACUUCAGCUACAUUUGACGGUGCUUUGGUUUCUGGUAGGAGAGCAGCUGAAUCACUGUUAAAUGAUAGAGCCUUCUUUGGCUAAUUGCUUCAUUAAUAUUCUUACUUUACAUUGUAUGUACAUGUAACAUUUUUGUAAUAAAUAUGAAAAAUACUACUAUAUAAAGCUUACAGCUGAAGGAAGGUAAUUUUGUUUAGAAAUCAAGUUCAUUUCAGUUGGAA